AUGAGUAGCGGGGCCGCUUCACCUACUUCUUCCCUGCCUGCUCCUGCAACCUCCACUGCUGCGACCACUGCCAGUUCUACCAGCUCCUUCUCGGCUACUUCGCCUUCGUCUUUGGGCGCCACAGCUUCGAUUAGCACUGCUGCUUCUUCUUCUCCUUCGUCGUCGUCGGCGGCAGUCUCUACGCUGCCGGCUUCCUCAUUCAAGCAACAACAGUCGCCUGCUCGACAUCAACACACAUUGCAACAGCCGCAGUCUGACUUAACCUCGAAUGACUCCUCGACUUUGACUUGCUUCGGCGCAGUCACCAACGGUAGCAGCAGCAACAGCAGCAAAGGCAACAGCGGCAGCAGCAGUUCAGCUUCAAGAGAAUUACUGCCUGGUGAUAAUCGCCGCCUGGAGAUCACCACUGCCUCUACCACAACCGUCGGAGAGGACAAGCAUGAAGCAAGCGUUACUUGUCACCAACAGUGUUGCAAUGCGUCCAAUAGUCAGCCUCACCAGCAUUCGGACUGCCGCUGUCUGCAAGCAUCUCGCGCCACCGAAAGUUCAAGUAACUGCAUCGCCCAAGAGCAUCAGCAGCAGCAGCAACCGUCAUCAUCUCAGUCUCAGCCGCAAAGCCACUUAGUCACUAUGACCACGACUAAGCAGGUUGAGUCAAAGCCUGCUACAUGCACUUCAUCGUCUUCUUCCUCCUCGACCAUCACCCACACCGCCUCUUCCCCCUCACCGACGCCUGCUUCAAAGAUGGUCAACACAGUGUGCAGUGACACGAAUUUGAAUUGUGCCAGCAGUGAAUGUCAUAUACCACAGGGUGAACUCAACAGUGAUAGUCAUCAAGUGCAGCCAUCGCAAGUCACCACGAUGGUUCACUCGUGCCAAUUUUCAAUUCCUCCCCGGGCAGGCAGUCCCAGCUCUGCUGACACCAGCUCGGCCCUGUCUGCAGACAGCAAUCUACAUUAUUCCACUUUCACUCAUCAAAUGGCCAUUUGUGAUACCGCCACCAACACCAACACCACAGCGUCCGACACCAUCACCACCACCACCACCACCACCACUUGUGAUAACCUGCACAACGUUUCACCAGUGUCCCCUGUGCCCUGCGACGAGAGGACAGAGUGUCGGCAGGAAGGGGAGAUUCGUGAGGGAUCACCCAACGAGAGGACCGAAGGGCCUACCAAUGGUAGUCGUAGUAAUAAUAAUGAGUUUGUCAGUGAAUCAGCUAGUGAAAGUGCUGCUGCUAUGCCGAGAGUGUCCACUGCCAGUGAGUCGCCACCGUCCACACUCACAUCGUCACACCCCGCCACAGCAAUGUCUCAACUGGCGCCAACUUCCACGACACCACCAUCAUCAUCAUCCGUUUCACCGACACCACCGGCGGCGCCCUGUCAGGAGGCAACUUCGGCGCCGGCCACCUCAGCGACAGCCGCUUCCUCCGCAGCAAAUGCCGUCGCCGUGCAGCGAAAGAUCCCGCUGGAGCACGACGCCCUUGACUCCUCCUCCGAUGGACGCUUCCUCAAGUUCGAGGAAAUCGGUCGCGGAUCGUUUAAGACCGUCUACAAGGGCUUGGAUUCUAGCACCGGAGUGGCCGUUGCCUGGUGCGAACUUCAGGAACGACUAAACAAAAAUGAAAGACAACGUUUUCGUGAAGAGGUGGAAAUGCUCAAGGGUCUGCAACACUCGAACAUUGUCCGAUUCUACGAUUUUUGGGAGGUGAACACAGCCAAACGAAAGUACCUGGUACUGAUAACCGAGUUGAUGACAUCUGGAACGCUUAAAACGUACUUGCGUCGUUUUAAGAAGAUCAACUUAAAAGUUCUUAAAUCUUGGUGCCGACAGAUUUUGAAGGGGCUAAAUUUUUUGCAUUCUCGAACACCGCCAAUCAUUCACCGGGACUUGAAAUGCGACAACAUAUUCAUCACCGGAACCACUGGCUCUGUCAAAAUAGGCGAUCUCGGUUUGGCGACCUUGAAGAAUCGCUCAUUUGCCAAGUCGGUCAUUGGUACGCCCGAGUUUAUGGCUCCCGAGAUGUACGAGGAGCACUACGAUGAAAUGGUGGACGUGUACGCAUUUGGCAUGUGCAUGCUGGAGAUGGCCACCGGCGAGUAUCCGUACUCUGAGUGCUCCGGUCCGGCGCAGAUCUACAAGAAGGUCUCCUCGGGAACGCCGCCGCUGUCGCUGGCCAAGGUGGAGCAGUCUGAGGUGCGGCAAAUAAUCGACAUGUGCAUCAAGGUGCGCAAGGAGGAGAGACCGACGGUGAAGGACCUGCUGCAGCAUGACUUCUUCCAGGAGGACACUGGCUUCAAGGUGGAGUUUGUUAACCGGGACGAGGCAGUGGCCAGCUAUGACUCUCAGGUGGAGCUGCGCGUCCGGGUGACCGAUCCAAAGAAGAGAAAGGACAAGUACAAGGAGAAUGAAGCCUUGCAGUUUGGUUUCAACUUUGACAAGGAAAGUGUGGAUGAUGUUGCCAAGCCACUGGUCGAAACUGGUUUCCUCGCCGAAGAAGACGUGCGAAUUGUGGUGCUGCUCAUCAAAAAUCAGAUCUCAUUACUGCUGAAGGAUCGCCAAAAUCUGCUUAUUCAAAGCUCUGCCAACCUUGCCAAUGCCCAUCCUAGCUCCAAUCCAGAGACCAACUCUCGAUUUGAGAAGAUUCAGCAGCAGCAACAGCACUACAAACACAGCGAUAUUCCCGUGAAUUUAAUUGAAGAAAAUGUGGCGGCAUUCGCCCCUGAGCUGGAAGCGGACGCCGACAAGACGACACACUCCACCUCGACGACAUCGCACAACAUCAUCCAGGCGAAUCUCGAGUCGAAGCUGACGGAAAUCUUUGCCCCCACCAGCUCCGGUACUGCCACGCCUGCCCAUCCCUUACCUAACCAUUCGCACGUUGCUCAUGCACCACCGUCUUCUUUAGCCUCGCAGCUAAACGCCCAACUGCUAAACGCCGCCGCUGCAAAGGAUGCCGCCGCAACUGCAGGCACCAGCAGUAGCAGCAGUUCCGCCACCAAUGGACAGAGUGCUUCAGCGCAGCAGCAGCAGUCACUGCCGCCGCCCUCACAGUCGCAGCAGCAGUCUCUCGCCUCAGCCCCUGCCACUAUUGCCCACCAAUCGCAGGCGUCGCCCAGUGAGCUCGCUGGCGGCUCCAAGAGUCGCCCAGGGUCCUUUGGAGAGGACGACAUGGCGAGCACACUGGUGCUCCUCAAGCACUCCUCUCCUCCCUCCACGCCCGGACGGCGUCACCAGUCGGCCUCGCCCACUGCUGAACUUGGUGCUGGCACAGCUGUGUCCUCCACCAACAACUCGGCUACUUCGGCGGUUACCACCUACGCUAGUGCCGCCGCUGCGGCCAUUUCCAGUUCGCCUGAGCCGGAAGUCACUGCGAGUUCCGGUGGUGCUGAAGCUGCUGCCGUCUCCUCAAGCACCCACUCUGAGCAGUCAGCACAAUCGAGCGUACAACUGCUGGCAUCGAAGAGCACGGCUCCUAAAAUCACUCCCUGCACCAGUCUCACUACGAUUGGAGGAGGGGAGGCUCUAAGCGCAGAGCAAAUUGCUCUCAACUCUUCCAUUCUGAAGGACUCGUACUCGCAGACGUCACCCAUUCUACUCAAGAGAAAUGAUGAUUCUCAGACGUCAUCCGACUCCACUGUUGUACCUGAGGAAGCUGGUUUUACCGAUGUAGCCAACUCUGACUCAAAGAACUCACUUAGCUCUAGUUCAUACGAAAGUGCCAGUUCUGCUCUGUCUGAAUGCGGCGAGCCAGCAUCACUGAGCGGCUCACCGGUUCGCGAGCCACCAGUUCAUGCAGAUGCAGUGACAGCCACAGAGGAGACGGACACUGAAACGGAGGAGGAGGAGGAAGAGGAGGUGGACGAUGGCCACCACUCGGACACCUGUGGAACGAAUGACUCGAAUGGCGCCCUGGACACGACCAGUCCGGAGACGACCAACUCCACUGGCGACUCCAGCUACAACACCUACCCGUACGUCAGCAUUCGCAAGUACGCGUCAGCGCUGGAUCUGUCGAAACCGAUUGACUUGAGCACUAUUUCCACCACUGGACCGGUGGUCGGCCCCGACGGAGAGAUCACCCAAAUGUCCGACGCCUCAACCUUCACCGAUGGAGCGGCGAAUGCCGCUCAGAUGCCGCCAGCCGAGCACUACCCCUCCUUGCCGUCAUCCCAUCACUUGCACAUGACAAGCGGCCAACUCGAGCAUCAUCAACUGGAUCAUGUUGGCAGUCACGUCGUCAUGGACCACCACCAUGACCACCACACGCCAUUCGCUCUGCCCCCCAAUCACUCGUACAUGAUGUCAGCAGUGUACAGCAGUAGUGGACAGCAGCAACCGCACAGUCUGGACAGCAAUCAGUCAACUGGCUCCUCAACCGCUGCCCAUGUAGCCUCUGUAGCGAAGGACCUGAAAGCCGUGGUCACGCAGACCUCUUCCCUGCCCUCCUCUCGGCGUCCAUCCACCAAUCUGACUCCAGGGCAGAUGGCGGCGGCCAUUGCCGCAGCCCAAGUGCCCCAGCGUGUUUUCAUUCGGGUCCCGGUGAAGGACGUUGCCAUUCAAACUGACUUUCCCGAAGACCACUCUUUAAUGUCGGGCUCAUCGGCCUCAUCUAGCUCUACUUCCUCUGUUCGAGACCACUCUGAGCUGAUUGAGCACAACUCAACCUCUACAAUGACAACUAACAGCACACUUACUUCGCAUGAUCAACUUUCACUGAAUCAGCUGUCAUCUAAAGAACAGCAACUGCUACUUCAGCAGGCCGUCCAGCAUCUGUUGAAUGGUUUGCGGCAAAGUAUGAUGGCUGCACAGGGUUCACAGAUGUAUCAACAGCAGCCUGCGCACUUUCAGUCUGAUUUGAAGAACCGCGCCAGUUCAGUGGAUCACACCAAUUUACUCUCUCAGCAAUCGCAAUCAUCAGUUGCGCCGGCACAGGCACGCAAUUUACCGCCAGACCAUUCAGCGACCAUUUCCGCCUGUGCCAGUGAUGUUUAUCAAAGCGAACUGCUGCAUUCACCGUUCGCACAUCAAAACCACCAGACAUUGCCUUUCUCUACUUUGAUUCAAUCCGAAUCGGGAUCACCUGCACCCGACCAACAGUUGCCCUUUAUUCCAUUGGCCAACUCUGAGCUGCUGGCAAUGAAGCAUCUUCUUAAGCAGACCACUGGUGAUGUUGCAUUCACUCCCAUGAACUCAGCAACUUUAGAGCAACCGCUUUCAGUCGAACCGUUUGAUUCAAAGAUUGGCAGUCUGUACAAAAGACACGAACAAGAGCGGAGAGAGAUGGAGGAGCGUCAGCAGCAGGAAAUUGAAGCUUUAAAACGUCUACUUCACGAUGAUGCCUCUCAGGGGGCGACUGCACUGCAAAGUCGCACCCAUCACCUCCCCACUCACCAACCCACUCCGUACACUGGAUCGCACUCGGUGUGCUUGGCCUCGCAAGCAUCUGCAGGCGCAGGCAGUGCCACUCAAACCGCCUACACUCAGCAUCCUCAUCCUCAUGGUUUGACGCACAGUGCCAGUGCCAGUCAGCUGCGAACACUGGGCAACACUGCACCUGCACCAUCAGCCACAACAGCACCCAACGCGACCAGUCAUUCGAACUCGCAGGUGCCCACCACCUCUCCUGACCACCACCGAACGCCAGCCCCAUCACUUCAGUCAUCGACUCGGCCCCAUUAG